AUGCCGUCCCCGACCAACUCGGCACACGCGACUGUGUCCCACCAGUGCCUCUAUCGCAACAAAGUGUGCCUAAACGUCCGUGCGUUCAAGAAGAACGGCCAGCUGCACAGCCUGUGCGAGUUCCACCGACUCAAGGCCAACUCGAACCAGCGCAAGCUCGAAAGGAAGAAGCGCGACAACACGCCACCGCUCUCCGAGUUCUCCACGACCAAGCCGCCGCGUCGCGCGUGCGGCGUCAAGGAGCUGUGGAUCCUCCCCACUGACGUCGACGAUACUGCCAACGACACGGGCGACGAGGAUAUUGUGAUCUGGGUGCAGCCCAUUCGUGUCAAACCUCCGCCACACCACAUGAAAUUGCGGCGCGGGGGACGCACGAUGGACGGCGCGAACCCGAAUGUGAACAUCGGCAACUACAAGGGCGUGAUGCUGUGCAACCGUCCUUUCAAUGGGGUCGUGUCAGGGCCGCCGACGACGCUCAAGGACACGGACCACUCGUCCAAGCACGCACCCUUCCUCACGGGCAUCCAGCCACCUCCUAUCGGCCAGAAUGUGCCCAUCUUUAACGAGCCAUUGCAUGCCAUCAAGCGAGAUAAGAAGAACACGGCGUUGUCCAAGCACAAGAAAUGGCUCCAUGAUUUGCAGAAGGAGCGUGACCGACUGGAAGAGGCGCUGAUGGUAGACGAAGAGGAGAAACAGAAACGAAGGGACCGGUUUUCCAAGCGGGAAGCCGAGUUCCGAGCCCAAGUGCGGCGCACGAACCCCGAAGAAGACGCCGCUGACGUAAAAGGAUCGAAGCGUCCGAUGUGGGCGCUGACGAAAGAGACGGCGGACGAGAAGAGGGUCCGUGAUGAAGAGGAAGAUGUUGACCGGCUCCUUGACUUCGCCAACAACCUCGACUUGGACAGCUUCAUGGACGAUGUCGAGCUGAAGGCACACGUAGCGCAAGUGAAUGAACAGCUCGCCAAACUGCAAGAAGUUGUCAAUCAAGAAGAAGGAGAGGAGAGGAAGGCAGAGGUCAAGGAAAUGCUGCAGGCCGAGCGAGCCGAGCGCCAGAUGCUGAAUGCUGCCGCUCUGUCGCGACUCGACACUGCCGAUGCCAAGGGGUAUGUCGAUGACGAUGCCGUGUCCGUCGCAUCGACGGUGUUGUCCGAAUGCAAGUCGAUUCGAUCCGUGCAUUCGACACGAUCUGUCAUGGCGCUCGCCAGGCGGGCCGAGGACAAGUUGCUCAAUGGUAGAUUGACGACGGUGCCGGAGGGAGCGAGUGGAGCUGUUCCAUCUCCCCACGUUGUCACCCACGAUGAGGAGUGUGGCAUGCGGCUACAGAACAAGCAUCUCCCGAGCAACCUUCCGUACAUUCACCGCAACCCUGCUAUAUGAAUAUCCAGAACAGAAUUUAAUUCCAAAUUUAAUUACCCCAUAGAAUUUAUACAAGA